CCAAUUCAUACUUCGAGUCUCGUUUUGCUGCAGGUGCCCUCCGUGUUUCUUUGUAUUCUUUUGUCGCACGGCCGCGGUGGUAAACGAAAAAAACCUUUUUUUAAUCUAUAUUAUAUAUCCAGGGGGGGCACUUUAUAAUACCGCGUCGCAACGUCAGGUUGUCGGAUUGUCGUUAAACGGACUUGUCAUUGAAGUGUGUGGUUAGUAGUGAUUCGGUCUUUUCUCCAUAGUGCUCGCAGGCCCCGAUUAACGGACACGCCGAAGUACUGGAGUGUUUGAGUAAACAAUUUGUUUUGCAAGUGCCUCGGGACCGGUACGCGGGAAUUCGGCGGUUUCGAAGGAAAAAAAAUAAAUAAAUAGCCAGAAUAUAUAUAUAUAUAUGAAUGGACCGGGUUAUUUCGAGCCGGUACCGAAAUAGAUCAGUGACAGUCUCGAGAUUGCAAUGGACAUAAUUCAAAACACGGCGAAAAAAACUGUAAACGGUUGAGAUGAUGUGUAGUCCCCGCGUCACUCGUCCCCCUCGAUAUUUAUUGUGAUUUUUGUGAUGUUUCUGUACAUAGAACCGCAAUAAUUUUUUUACGUAACUUAUUUAUUUAUAUACGUUUCGCGUCGAAGGGUGUUUUUCGUGUGGUCUAGUCAAUGUAUAUAGACAUUUUGAGGCCUUGCGGCGUGAUGGGAAUAAAAACAAUGAAGGCAGUCAGCAGGCAAAAAGAUAUACCGACGCAAGUUCCGCCAUUGACGCCGGGCACCAACAAAACCAUGGCGGAGGCGCUGAAAGCGUCUUUCGCGUCGUGGGAAAAAGAGCAACUACGAUUAAAUAUUACCAAAGAUCCUCGUCAGUGGACCGAAAAUCACGUGGCCCAUUGGUUGCAGUGGGCCGCAAAGGAGUUCUCCUUGGAAUGUAUACCGCUUCACCAGUUCAGAAUGAAAGGCAAAGACAUCUGCGCGAUGGGCAAAGACGCGUUCGCUGCGCGCGCACCCGCCUUCGUAGGCGACAUCUUGUGGGAGCACUUGGAACUGCUACAGAAAGACGUCGAACGAGAACGAACGUUGUCGAACGCUAUAGCACCGGGCAUGUACGAUAGCAUGUGCGUUCCCGAGAUAGCGCCUUAUAUCGACUAUACUCAAGCGCCUGGAGUAAACCCGCUGGAAGAUCGAAAACCAGCGACCACCGUCAGCCCUCCACCUUCCAGUCACUCCAACGCAGCACCACCAUCGGCUCCUACGAACAAUAACUUCUUGCACGACGGUACAGGAAGGUACAGCGAAGCAUAUAGCGAUGCGUACGGCAGUAGUCCGUACGCGGACGGUUCCCCAUUUCAAACGGUACCGAGCGGCGGCAGCAGCGGUUCCGAUCAAUGGGGUCACACCCACGAGAUAACGUUGUCGCACCACCCGCACCCGGGCCAGGAUACGAAACCGAUGAUCCAGAACGGGAUGAUUACGGGUUAUCCUAACAAUCCUUCGAGUACGGGUGGACCUUGUUUUACGGGUACUGGUAGGUACAACGAUGGUUACGGAGACAUUUACACUUCUCCGUAUGAUAAUUCGCCUUUCCAAACUGUUCCGAGCGGAGGCGGCAGCGCUCCUGACCAAUGGGGUCACAACCACGACUUGUCAUUAGCCCACGGUCAUCCCCACACCCAUCCGGCGUUCCUUUCUGCUGGUUUGGCCAGAGACCAACUGACCGCACUCAGCCAGGACACCAAACCGAUGUUACAGAAUGGCAUGAUAAGCGGCUACCCGAAUAAUCAAAAUGCGGGAGGUCCCUGUUUUACCGGAUCCGGUCCCAUUCAACUUUGGCAAUUUCUCCUGGAACUACUCACGGACAAAUCGUGUCAAGGGUUCAUAUCCUGGACAGGGGACGGUUGGGAGUUUAAGCUGACCGACCCGGACGAAGUGGCGAGACGAUGGGGCAUCCGCAAAAACAAGCCGAAAAUGAAUUACGAAAAGUUGUCCCGUGGACUCCGGUAUUAUUACGACAAGAACAUAAUACAUAAGACUGCUGGAAAACGGUAUGUUUACCGUUUCGUUUGCGACUUGCAAACUCUGUUGGGAUAUACUCCAGAAGAACUCCACGCAAUGGUCGAUCUCAAACCCGAGAAAAAGGAUGACGACUGAAUAGGUUAUACGAAUGAAUAUAAGAUCCCAUUUCGACGACAAUAAUUCACUUGGCUUUUAUAUUGCAAUUAUAUUGGUGCCUAAUACCUGUUAAAAUUCUUAUAAAUUGUGUCCGUUGCAUUUCAAACUAAACCGCGUUUCGCACACGAAGGAUUAAAUUUAGUAUUAAGCGAAUCGAUACCAAUUUUCGACUGCUUGAAAGUGCGAGUCACUGGCAUGUGAUUAUAUUACCAAAAAGGAAACAAAAUUUUGCAAUUUUGAAACAAAUCGAUUGCAAACUUACAAUCCUUACGUACGUAUAUUUUUUUAAAUUGUAAAUUCUCCCCACCCCCCUAAAGCGAUCUCAAGCCGCCACCGCAUCCGAACGAAAAAGUCGUGAAAAACAAGUUGCAUCAGUUUUUCAUGUAAAUAUAAAAAUCGUUUAUUCAAAAAUACCAAUAUCAUGGUCAUUUUUUGAAUGACCACAUUAGUAUCCAAUACCGAGGGCUAAAAAAGUUAAAAGUCGUGUGUCCAUGCUUUUAUAGUAUUUUAACUUUCACCAUAUGUUGAAAUAUAUUAAUUCCGUAAGGAUUCAUUUAGUACGUCUCUAUCGAGAAUUUUAAAAAGCUCCAUAGCAGGCGAUUUUUUCACCUAUUUUGUCAAUAUUGCGUUUUUGUUUUUAGCUCUUUAUCAAUAUAUGAACCUAUAAACAGACAAAAAAUUCUGACACUUAUAUUGGGGUAAAAUGUGGUAAGACAAAAUAUUGUUAACAUUUUAAAAAUCUAUUUGGACCAAGCUAAGGGCCAUGCUAAAGUUAUAAAUCAUUAGGAUUUAGCAAAAGGUGAAACCUACGCUAAACCUACCCUACAACUGAUAAAUUGAUCAAGUUUUGAAUUGUUGGUAAUCAAAAUUGGUUUUCUGUUUUUUUUUUAUAUUGAUAAUUUAUAUUUAUAAUUCAAAUGACCAAGGCUUCGGUAACCAUUCAUAAAGUCAAUUUAAAGGAUAGUUUAUAAAACUGCUGCACUUUUUUUCACUCGAAUAGCAAACAAUUUCCAACCAAUUACAAUCAAACGCAUGAACAAACUGUAUAAUUCAAUUUGCUCUCUCCCCGAUUUUACCUUUCAACCAAGAAACGUUCUGUAAAUAUAAUUGUUAUUGUGAUAAGCCUAUUAAAUCAGAUAGUAGAGUAAUGUUUAUAUUUGGAUUAAUCGAUUUUUGGGGUAACACGUUGACCCUUUUAUAUUGGAUGUCCUUCCUGUUAAAUAGGAACAAGUUUAUUAUGUUAAUUUUUUUUAGAUUCUUCUAAUUAGUCGACCCGCUGUUAAAAAUCGAGGGUUCGGUUCGAACACAGAAAUUUGGUUAGUUUGGGUUAACAUUCGUUUCAAAUUUUCUAAAGGCAAACAUUUGAAAACAUUCCAAAGAUUUUAUAACACAUGCUUCUUUGGGCGUAUCCGGGAUAUUUUGGCGACUCUUCGAUUUUAAUGUUAACCGCGCGUUGGUUAAUUUUUAACUUGUGGUCUCAACGUAGGUUUUUAAUUAAGUUAUUACUAUUAAAUCAGAAAUACUUGAAAGAUAUGGCGAUGAUCUCGUUGUAAGGGAUCGGGCGAUCGCUGUUUUUUUGUUUAAUGUGUUAUUCCUACAUAUUACGACUACUGUAUUAAACAAAAAGUGUUUCAAUAAAAAUACUUAUA